UUUUUUUUCUCUUUCCCACAAAACUUUUGAAAGACAUCUGAGAAAACAAACGUAUAGGCUAUAUAUAGAUUUACAAUAUAUAGCUAAAAGGGGAAGGUUCAGAAAUCACGUUAUUUAAAGAAAUCGCAACCGUCGUGACAGAGAACACGUGCUGACCACGGUAAUCUACUACAAUCCAAAAUAUGUCUGUGAUAGCUACAGUCUUAUUGUGUAUGCUGACUAGCCUGGGAAGUGUACAUACAGCUGAGAAAACUAACGAAGUAAAGCAUGGCUAUACUGUACAUUUGUGUGGAGUAAACUUUGUCAAGGCUUGGCAUACAGUCUGUCGUUGGAAAGUUAAUAAAUCGGUUGGGGCCACGAAGGUGAAAAGAUCGAUAACAGAAGCAAUAAAACCACGAGCAAUAGAUUUGUUAAACCACAAAGGCGCUCUUCAGUUUUUAAAUCCAUCUCGGAAACGUCGACAAGUACUUCUGGGUGGCACCGAUGAUGCGAAUGAGGAAUGCUGCAACGAAUCGUGCUCAUUCGCAGAAAUAGCAGAAUACAAAUGCUAAGAUGUCGCUCUUAGAAAUAGGUCCAACGAAGAAGAAGCUAUAAUCUCAAAAAAAAAACCCCAAAAAUCUCUAGUUCUUUUGCUUCGUUAAUUAUCUUUUUUGACAUUUGUUUUUCUGUAAAAAAUACAUUUUAUAUAUGUGUAAUUACAAGAUGUUAUAAAUAAGUUGUAUAUAAAAUUUAUUAAGAUAUUUAUUUUAUAAUAUUUACGUUAAAUAAAUUAAAAAGGUAUAGAUGUUCAAGCAUUUCAAUUGUUAGGAUUA